AUGGAUCGUGGGUGUCCUGCUCGUCAAUCGCGAUCUGGAAAAAGAAACCCUACAUCCACCGGCCGAUCCCGCAGCCGCCUCCCCCGCUUCCUCCGCAAUCCCGCAGCCGCCUCCCCCCGCGCCUCGCCCCGCAGCCGCCUCCCCCGCAUCCUCCUCGCCUCUCCCUGUGCCACCCAUCUCCGCCUCCUCUCCCAUCUCCUCCCUGCUGCUGCUGGCCAUCGCACCCUCACCAUCGACGAUUGAUGCGGCCAACAGCGAGCGCCGGUGAGCGACCGGGAGGCCGCCACCUCUCCUGACCUCCUCCCAGGUUCCCGAUCUGGAGCGGCGAGGCCAACCCCCUCUUCACACGCAGAUGCUUUUCUCUUCCCUCAGUUCCCUCUCUCUCUCUUCCCUGACCCUCUCGAUGGCCAGAGGGGGGUGACUGGGUGGAUCAGGUGGCGGUGAUGUCAGAGCUCGAGGCGGAGAUGGCGGAGCUCGGGCUGGAGUACUCACGGGAUGACGGAUUCAAGGGCUGGAGCUCUCACGGACUGGAGGUGCUCAGGCUAAAGGCAGUUGAGGACGCCCUACGGGCGAGCUGGAGGUGGAGGCGUUGAGAGCCCUCCCCCCAUCUCUCAUUUUCUCCAUUUCUUUCCCUCCAACAUCUCACUACUGCUUCUGUAUGGAACAACAGAGGGGAUGGGAAGAGGCCUGGAGUUGCUCAGCAUCGGUCAACCUGCAAGGUGGUUUGCUCGACCACUCACCGUUGGUUCUGUCAAUAUGCAAGGUGAUUUGCUCGAUACCUCGCUGUUGGUUCCGUCAAUCUGCAAGGUUCUUCGUUCGGCUGGAUUGUAGGUUGGCUCCAGUCCUUGAUCAGUUCUUCUGCAAGGAGAGUUUCAGUGCUCAGCAUAUUGCAGUAAUUGCAGCAGCGAGUUCUAUGAAGCACGUCAAUGGAGGGGACAUAGUCAAUGACAAUCGCCUACCAUUUAAUUAGAUGGUUUGCCAGUUUCUUCCUGUAGAUAGUAUCACAGUGAUGCGAUUCAGAUGUUUAUAAUUCUUUUCCAACAUUACAUAUUCUUGUAUUCAUUCAUUUUGAAACCACGGAGGCCAUCGCAUUAUGCAUUGGUUAGACUAGGUAAUUUCUGUUAAGGUAUAAUUUUUCUAUCAAUAUGCCAAGAUCGACUGUUCGCCUCAUCUUUAUUCUGCAAAUGUCAAAAUGUCCAGAACAUAAAUUUCAAGCUUUUAGACCUUACAUAUGUUAUGAACUUAUGAAGUUAUGAUAUAUGUCUAAAUUCAGCUGGAUCUUCAAUUAAAUCCUGAAUUCUAUAGAUGUUUUAUCCUUUUCUACAUCUGAGUAUACACUAAUUAGUUAAACCUUUUCUUUUCCGGAUCUGCAUUCCACCUGUACUAAUUGCCAGAUUAUAUAUGUGUUUGUGUUCAUUCUUAAUUUAAACUAGACCUAGCUGUAUAUACUACAAAAUUUGUUAAAUUUGCGCUGGGCAGGUUUCCAUGAUGAGUUCGUAGCCUUUAUGAAGUUGCUGCUGCUUGUUUUCUGUAAUCAUUGCUCAUUUCUCGUCUCCAUAGCAGAAAAUUUGAUUCUUGCAUCUAACCCUGAUCCUGAUGGUGAAAUAAUUGCUUGGCACAAUAAAGAAAUGCUUGAGUGGCAUGAUGUGUUGGGUUUCCAUGUUUUACUGUCAUUUACAUGAGGUGGCAGUUUUGGCUACCUCCACCCGCCUUAGUCUGUUUAUUUUUAAGUGGGAAGUGAUGAAUCGAACAAGGAGGAAGGACGACGUGCUUGUUCUUUCCGGCGUGGGUUUACUAAACUUUGUACAUAUGAAUUUCACCUCAUAUUUUCUUCCUGGCUUGAUAAGAACUGAACAAUAUAAUUUGGUUUCUCAUGUCCAGUAUUCCAGAUUGAGUAAUGCUAGAGAUAUGCGACCCUUAGCCCAGUUUACGAAAUGCUUUAUUAGGUGUAUUUUUCUUUCAUGUACAUAGCUGGGAGUAGUCUAAUAGCCAUUUUUUAAGGAUAAACAAGGCUUACUGUACGUAAGGUUUGAGAUUACCCCAUUUCAAAUAACUAAAGGAAAUCACUAUUCCUCAAAUGCAGGUUAUUGGUUUAUUUUAUUUCGUAUGGCAUGUUUUUGUUUCAGUUCUUUGUUUUUUCAAUCCAUUGCUUUCUAGCAGUCUUCAUGAUAACAGAGAUUUGAGAAGGAUCUCUCUCUGUAGCUGUAGGUGAUAACUUUUUUGUACUGAAACUACAAAAUUAUUUGUUCUAUCUAUGUCGUUUCUAUCUCCACUAAGAGCUUUCAGCCUGCAAGCACCCAGUUGUCCUUCUAAGUUGGCAGGAUUGAUGAAACCUUUAAGCCUGAACUAGCAUCCUUUGGAUUUGGGGGUGCAUCAUGCACAUCUGGAGCAUCAUCUUCUGCUGAGAGCUCAGGCAUGGCGGUGCCCAUUCUCACGUCUUUCGCUACAGUAUCAUCUACACUUGUAGAGCUACCUCCGGAUGAGAUGAACACUCCUAUAUCUGCAUUCAGAGCAAAAGGACAGGUUGCUAUGCCUAAAACACCCAGCAAAUCACCAUGCCCAAAAAGCGCUUGCCGCAAACUUGUUCUUGAGCUCUCUAAGUCUAAGGGUGCAGCGCUAUCUGGCUCUGCUCCCAAGUUGGCUACCCAGACUGAAGAAGUUGUUCCUGCUGGAAAUGGCGACAUGCGCAUUAAAAGGCUCCAGCCUGUUGUUGAUGCUUCUGGGCUUGACAAGGUUGGCGGACCCGAGGUUGUUAAGAAGCACAUGAUGCCGUCAUCUUUUGCGGGUGGGCUUUGCUGUAUGACUGAAGAUUUCCAUGAUGCAGUGGCUGUUUCGCAAGUCCAUGGCUCGCCUGAUAUAUUCACAACCUUUGCAUGUGAUCCAGAGUGGCCUGAGAGAAUUGAGACCCUUGAACAUGGGCAAAAAGCAGUCGAUGGAGCUGAUAUUACCAUUCAAAUCCAUCAGAUGAAGCUACUUGACUACCUGCACACAAUCAGGACUGGGCAAGUGUUUGGGACAGUGCUUGCUGUUGUCCACACCGUGGAGUUCCAGAAAACGGGGGUGCCCCAUGCACAUAUCCUUGUUUGGCAGGAGAAGAACGAUGAUCAGGCCCCUGCACUUGCUGAUGUUGAUCCAGAUGCUUGUACUGCUGCACCUGCCAACAGCGUGGAAGCGGCGGUUGCUCAGCCAGCUAGGCUUAACAGGAUUGCCACUACUGCUGCUGCUGCAUCAACCAUUUCAUAAAACAAUGAUAGGUCCCUAAGCAAUCUGCGCUUCAAAAUGAGCGUCUAUGUGUGGUUGUUUUGGCCUUUACUACCUUCUCCUUCGCUACUUUCAAGCCCGCAAGAACGAGUGAACGCUGCAUGGCCACCGCUGUCUUCCGGCAACACCCUUUUAAACAGUCUACUGUUAUGUUACUUGCAUGUUUGCAAUCCCGGUUUUGGCAGUCAUAAAGACAAGCCAAAACUCCUUCAUACUUUUCCCUGUUUAAAUCCGAACGGAGCAACUUCCAUAUUCCGUGGAUAACGCUAUUAGACCUCUUUUGCUUUACCCUCUCUCUCGAAUGACUGUUUCAAUCUACUGUAAGUAUUUGUUCACUCAAUCGUCUACUGUAUCUGCUAUUCCCAAUGCAAUAUUAGCUGUUCUAGAGCUUA